CACAGGCACUUGGAGGAGAAAUUAGCUCUGCUCUCCUUAGCCAGAGCCUGGGUGGCCUGGUGAGCUGGUGGGCCAGAGCUCCCCUCUCUCCUCUCUGCCAUUUGCCUUUCUGUCUGGGAGUGCACAAAGAUGUCACUGGUAGCGGUACCCUUCUACCAAAAGAGACACAGACACUUUGACCAGUCAUAUCGUAAUAUUCAAACAAGGUACCUUCUGGAUGAAUAUAAGGCAAAAAAGCAAGCUUCAACCCAGUCAUCUACCCAGAAGUCUCUCACUCAGAAGUCAUCUUCGCAGAGAGCUUCCAACCAGACAUCUUUUGGAGGGACAACCUGUAGGCUCUGUGCAAAACGGCUGAGCACAUCAGAAGAGGAAGAGCACGAAAAUAAAAAAAGAUACCAAUCCCUGGUUGCUUCUUAUGGAGAGGCCAAGCGGGAGCGUUUUCUCAGUGAGCUGGCCCAGCUGGAAGAAAAUGUCCACCUGGCGCGCCUACACGCUCGCAACAAGCUGGACAAAUAUGCCAUCCAGCAGAUGGUGGAGGACAAGCUGGCCUGGGAAAGGCACUCGUUUGAAGAGCGGAUGAGCAGGGCCCCUGAGAUUCUGGUGCGGCUGAGGUCUCACACCGUCUGGGAGAGGAUGUCUGUGAAGCUCUGUUUUACUGUGCAAGGGUUCCCCACGCCUGUGGUGCAAUGGUACAAAGAUGGUAGUUUGAUUUGCCAGGCAGCUGAACCAGGAAAGUACAGAAUCGAGAGCAAGUAUGGUGUGCACACACUGGAGAUCAACAGGGCUGACUUUGAUGAUACUGCAACAUACUCGGCGGUGGCAACCAACAGCCACGGACAAGUGUCCACCAAUGCCGCUGUGGUGGUGAGAAGGUUCCGAGGGGAUGAGGAGCCCUUCCAUUCUGUGGGACUACCGAUUGGAUUGCCAUUGUCAUCUGUGAUUCCAUACAUGCACUUUGAUGUGCAGUUUUUGGAGAAAUUUGGGGUAACCUUCAGAAGAGAAGGUGAGACUGUCACUCUCAAGUGCACACUGUUGGUGACACCUGAACUGAAGAGAGUGCAGCCGCGGGCCGAAUGGUACCGGGAUGAUGUGCUCCUGAAAGAGUCGAAGUGGACAAAGAUGUUCUUUGGAGAAGGCCAGGCCUCCCUGUCCUUCAGCCACCUGAACAAGGACGACGAAGGCCUGUACACACUGAGGAUUGUGUCGCGAGGCGGAGUCAGCGACCACAGUGCCUUCCUGUUUGUCAGAGAUGCUGACCCAUUGGUCACAGGGGCUCCUGGAGCACCCAUGGACCUGAAGUGUCACGAUGCAAACCUAGAUUAUGUCAUUGUGACUUGGAAGCCACCCAAUACGACCACCGAGAGCCCUGUCAUUGGCUACUUCAUUGAUCGAUGUGAAGUGGGAACUAAUAAUUGGGUUCAGUGCAAUGACGCACCCGUGAAAAUCUGCAAAUACCCUGUAACUGGCCUUGUUGAAGGAAGGUCUUACAUAUUCCGCGUGAGGGCGGUCAAUAACGCAGGCAUCAGCCGACCUUCCAGAGUCUCUGAUGCAGUGGCUGCUCUCGCCCCUGUUGACCCCAAAAGAUUACAAGCAAUUCAUUUGGAGGGAGAGAAAGAUGUUGUAAUUUGUCAGGAUGACCUUGAAGGUGACGUUCAGAUCCCAGGACCUCCCACCAAUGUGCAUGCCUCAGAAAUCAGCAGAAACUACGUCGUCCUCAGCUGGGAGCCCCCCACUCCCCGCGGCAAGGACCCCCUCAUGUACUUCAUCGAGAAGUCCAUGGUUGGAAGUGGCAGCUGGCAGCGGGUCAACGCCCAGACGGCUGUGAGGUCCCCUCGAUAUGCCGUCUUUGAUCUGGCUGAAGGGAAAUCAUACGUGUUCCGAGUGUUGUCAGCAAAUAAGCAUGGCUUGAGUGACCCAUCGGAAGAAACUCCACCCAUUCAGGCACAGGAUACAAUUGUUGUUCCUUCUGCUCCUGGUCGGGUACUUGCUUCACGGAACACCAAGACGUCGGUCGUGGUACAGUGGGACAGGCCAAAAAAUGGGGAGGAUCUACUGGGCUACUACGUGGACUGCUGUGUGGCAGGAACCAAUAUCUGGGAGCCCUGCAACCACAAGCCCAUUGGAUACAACAGGUUUGUUGUGCAUGGCUUAACAACUGGAGAGCAGUACAUCUUCCGAGUUAAAGCUGUCAAUGCUGUGGGGAUGAGUGAAAAUUCCCAAGAAUCUGACGUCAUUAAAGUCCAGGCUGCCCUCACUGUCCCAUCCCAUCCUUACGGAGUUACGCUUCUGAACUGUGACGGCCAUUCCAUGACCCUUGGCUGGAAGGUGCCUAAAUUCAGCGGAGGCUCAGCCAUCCUGGGUUAUUAUAUAGACAAGCGUGAAGCUCAUCAUAAAAACUGGCAUGAGGUCAAUUCUUUACCUGUCCAAGAGAGGAUCCUAACGGUGGAGGGCUUGACAGAAGGCGCAUUAUAUGAGUUCAGAAUUGCUGCUGCCAACGUGGUGGGGAUUGGGCAGCCUUCGGACCCCAGUGAGCACUUCAAGUGCGAGGCCUGGACAGCGCCAGAACCCGGUCCUGCCUAUGACUUGACAUUCUGCGAGGUCAGGGAUACAUCACUGGUCAUGCUGUGGAAAGCCCCAGUAUAUUCUGGUAGCAGUCCUGUUUCUGGAUAUUUUGUGGAUUUUAGAGAAGAGGAUUCCGGAGAAUGGAUCACUGUAAAUGAGGCAGCAACUGCAAAUCGUUAUUUAAAGGUCUGUGACCUGCAGCAAGGUAAAACCUACGUCUUCAGAGUCCGGGCAGUAAAUGCAAGUGGAGUGGGGAAGCCAUCGGACACAUCGGAGCCAGUUCUUGUAGAGGCUAGACCCGGCACCAAGGAAAUCAGUGCUGGCGUUGAUGAAGACGGCAAUAUCUACCUGAGUUUUGACUGCCAGGAAAUGACAGAUGCCUCUCACUUCACUUGGUGUAAAUCCUACGAGGAGAUUGCAGACAAGGAGAGGUUUAAUAUUGAAACUGUAGGGGAUCAUUCGAAGUUGUACUUUAAGAAUCCAGAUAAAGUGGAUUUAGGGACCUAUUCUGUGUCUGUGAGUGAUACGGAUGGAGUGUCCUCCAGUUUUGUUUUGGAUGAAGAAGAGCUUGAGCGUUUGAAGGCACUAAGCAAUGAAAUAAAGAAUCCCACGAUUCCUCUGAAAUCAGAAUUAGCUUAUGAGAUUUUUGAUAAGGGCCAGGUUCGCUUCUGGCUGCAGGCUGAGCACUUAUCACCAGAUGCCAGCUACAGAUUUAUUAUUAAUGACAGAGAAGUCUCUGACAGUGAGAAACACAGAAUUAAAUGUGACAAAUCAACUGGCAUUAUUGAGAUGGUAAUGGAUCGAUUUUCCAUUGAAAACGAAGGCACCUACACUGUGCAGAUUCAUGAUGGGAAAGCUAAAAAUCAAUCUUCCCUGGUUCUUAUUGGAGAUGCAUUCAAGGCCAUUCUAGAACAGGCUGAAUUUCAAAGAAAAGAAUUUCUCAGGAAACAAGGUCCUCAUUUUGCUGAGUAUUUGCACUGGGAUGUUACACAAGAAUGCGAAGUUCGACUUGUUUGUAAGGUUGCAAACACCAAGAAAGAAACAGUUUUCAAAUGGCUCAAGGAUGACGUUCUAUAUGAAAAUGAAAAAUUGCCUGACUUGGAGAAGGGAGUGUGUGAGCUACUCAUACCAAAGUUGUCAAAGAAGGACCAUGGUGAAUACAAGGCAACUUUGAAAGAUGAGAGAGGUCAGGAUGUAUCUAUCCUUGAAAUAGCUGGCAAAGUGUAUGAGGAUAUGAUUUUGGCAAUGAGUAGAGUCUGUGGAGCAUCUGCUUCUCCACUGAAGGUUCUGUGCACCCCAGAAGGAAUAAGACUUCAGUGUUUCAUGAAGUAUUUUACAGAAGAAAUGAAAGUGAACUGGUACCACAAAGAUGCCAAGAUUUCUUCAAGUGAGCAUAUGAGAAUUGGAGGGAAUGAGGAGAUGGCCUGGCUGCAGAUCUGUGAACCUACGGAGAAGGACAAAGGAAAAUACACUUUUGAGAUUUUUGAUGGCAAAGAUAACCAUCAACGCUCACUCGACCUAUCUGGACAAGCUUUUGAUGAAGCAUUUGCAGAAUUCCAGCAACUCAAGGCUGCCGCAUUUGCAGAGAAGAAUCGUGGCAGGGUGCUUGGGGGUUUGCCUGAUGUGGUUACCAUAAUGGAAGGCAAGACCUUGAAUCUGACCUGCACGGUGUUUGGAAAUCCUGACCCCGAAGUGGUUUGGUUCAAGAAUGACAUGGACAUCGAGCUCAGUGAACACUUCUCUGUGAAGGUGGAACAGGCCAAGUACGUCAGCAUGACCAUCAAAGGGGUGACCUCUGAGGACUCAGGGAAGUACAGCAUCAAUGUCAAGAACAAAUAUGGAGGAGAAAAAAUUGACCUCACCGUCAGCGUGUACAAACACGGGGAAAAGAUACCAGAUGUUUUACCGCCCCAGCAGGCAAAACCAAAGCUCAUCCCAGCAUCCACCUCAACACCAGGCCAAUGAAAGAAUUUUUUCCAGUUUGGAGAUAGGAAAAAAUGCUUGGAAGUCAUAGGAAUGCUGUGUGUUUGCUCCAAAUGAAUGGCUAUAAUCUGAGUGACGUCAUGUGUGGGCAAAGAGUUGAUCAUACAUUAUGCUUUUAAUUUUUGCAUUUGGUGAUUAUUGUUUUAUAUCUGUCUAAGGCGAAAAGCUAAGGUUUUCAUGAGGCUAAACAACAUAUUUAUAGGAGGGUAAAUGACAGACACCUGGUAGAGAAUGGGUGGAAAGAGGACAGCUAACAUUUUCGUGGAUGUGGGCAUGUGGAAGUGGUACCCACAAGUAGCAUGUGACUGUCUGCAAAGUUACUGUCCAUACUGUAGUGGUGACCUUUGGUGCUGGCAAGAUCUAGCAGCUCUGAAAUCUUGACUGUGGAGCCUUUGAAGUGUGUGUUACCUGGUUACACUCUGGUUUCUCUUGUUUUAGGCUAAUAAAACUUUAAAAGGCAA